AUGCUGUGGCCCCCGCUGGAAUAUUGGGAAGAGCGAGGGUUAUCCGAGCUGACGAAGCUGCUUGAGGGGACAAGCAAAGGGAUUAGGGGGCCAGCAGAGCGAUUGGGAAAGAAGGCAGCCGCCGGAGCAAAGGGAAGAAGGGGCGGACGAGUCAUCCCCAACAAAUACCAGCAGUUCCUGGCCUUGGUAUUUGCAGUCACAGAGGUCAACAAGGACCUGGUUCUCCUCCCCAACAUCACACUCGGCUUCCGCAUCUACGACAAUAGCCAGACUGAGAGGAGGAUCUCCUUGAACAGCCUCUCUCUGCUCUCCACACGAGGCCGAAUGGUUCCAGGUUAUCAAUGUGACAGGCAGGAUGCCCUGCUGUCUGUCAUUGGUGGCAGUGACUCCAAGUCCUCAAGGCAGAUGGCCCCCAUCUUCACCAUCCUCAAGGUCCCACAGAGCAUGACGGGUGGAAGUUACAACAUCUACAAUGCCGUUUACUCUGUGGCACACGCACUACAGGCAAUGCAUGGAUCAGGAGCCCGACCAGCCUUGAUGAGGCUUGGAAAGAAGAUCUCCAAUGUCCAGUCAUGGCAGAUUCUUCCAUAUUUGAUGAAUGUCCGGUUCAAUGAUAGUGCUGGAAAUGAAGUCUCAUACUCAGAAAACGGACUGGGAUCUGCUCGUUAUGAUCUUCUGAACUGGGUUUUCCUCCUCAAUCAAACUUUCAUCCCUGUGACAGUUGGGCAAAUAGAUCCUGGGGCUCCCCCAGGCCAGGAUUUCACCAUUAACCCAGAUGCAGUCAUCUGGGCCACAAAGAAGGUGCCCUUUGCCAGGUGUGGCAUGAAGAGGUGCCAUGCGGGGGAGAGGAGAAGCGUUCCAGAGGGCGAGCAGGUCUGCUGCUACCAAUGUGACCCUUGUCCAGAAGGGACCAUGUCUGAUCAGACAGAUGCAGCUCGCUGUGACCCCUGCCCAGAAGACCAGUACCCUAACAAGGGCAAAGAUCACUGCAUGGCCAAGAAGAUCCACUUCCUUUCCUAUCAAGAAACCCUGGGAUAUGCUUUGGCUUCUCUCGCUCUUUCUCUCUCUGUGAUCACGUUGGCAGUCCUGGCGAUUUUCCUUAAACAUUGUGACACACCGAUUGUCAGAGCAAACAACAGAGAUCUCACCUACAUCCUCCUGGUCUCCCUCCUGCUCUGCUUCCUCUGCUCCUUCUUCUUCAUUGGUCGACCCGGGAAGCUUACCUGUCUCUUCCGACAAACUGCCUUUGCCAUCCUCUUUUCCAUUGCUGUUUCUUCUGUGUUGGCAAAAACUGUCAUGGUGGUUCUGGCCUUCAUGGCCACCAAGCCAGGGAACAGGAGCAGGAAAUUCUUAGGAAAGCCACUGACAAACUCCAUUGUCAUAGCCUGCCCCCUGGUUCAAGCAGUUCUUUGUGCCACUUGGCUGGUAAUCUCUCCCCCGGUUCCCCACUUGGACUUCUACUCCUUGAUAGGAGAGAUAAUCUUAGAAUGUAAGGAAGGCUCAGCUUCAAUGUUUUAUGCUGUCCUUGCUUACCUGGGUUUCCUGGCCCUCCUCAGUUUCACAGUGGCCUUUCUGGCUAGGAAAUUGCCUGACAGCUUUAAUGAAGCCAAGUUCAUUACUUUUAGCAUGCUCGUCUUUUGCAGUGUUUGGAUCACCUUCCUCCCCACCUACCUGAGCAGCAAAGGGAAGUCUAUGGUAGCUGUGGAGAUCUUCUCCAUUUUGGGCUCUGGAGCUGGCCUCUUGGUUUGUAUCUUUUUCCCCAAGUGCUACAUUAUCCUAUUGAGGCCCAAUCUGAAUUGCAGAGAAAAUAUAGUGAGGAACAAAAAAAUCUGA